ACCACUGCGCCACCAGGGAAGCCCAAGGUGGGGCUUUUGAAUCUACACUUUGUUUCUUCAUUUUCCUUUCGUAACCCCCACCCCUUCCGCCCUUCACACUGCAUUGUGGGAGAAAUCCUUGCCUCAAUCUUUCAACUCUCGCAUACGCUCUUCUUCCGUAGCAUCCGUCCGUUUCCGCGUGGGUUGCGCCCUCUCGCCCUCUGCGCUUCUUCGUGGCUCUACCCCAGACGUCGGGCCGCCGAGACUGGGAGCGAGCGCGCAGGCGCAGCCGGCAUCCAACCAGGAGCCCAACCGUUGGCUUGGCCCUGGCCUCACUCUGCAGCCAUGGGGGCGUCAAGGCAGUUCCUGUGCUCCGUGAUCAUGGGUGUCCCAGGCUCCGGCAAGAGCACCCUGGCGCUGCACAUCAUCAAACACUUCCAGCUGAAGAAGUUCUCCAGCGGGGAUGUGCUCCGAGACAACAUGCUGAGGGACACAGAAAUUGGUGUGCUGGCCAACAUUUUCAUGGCCCAGGGGAAGCUCAUCCCAGACGACCUCAUGACUCGGCUGAUCCUCCAGGAACUGAAAAAUUUCACCCAGUAUAACUGGCUGUUGUGUGGUUUCCCCAGGACACUUACACAGGCUGAAGCCCUGGAUAGAGUUUAUCAGGUACACCUGGUGAUGAACCUAAACGUGCCCUUUGAGGUCAUCCGGCAACGCCUCACAGCUCACUGGAUUCAUCCAGCCAGUGGCCGCGUCUACAACCUCGAAUUUAACCCUCCCAAAGCAGUCGACGUGGAUGAUGUGACUGGAGAGGCUCUCAUUCAGCGUGUGGAUGAUAAACCAGAAACACUUAUCAAGAGAAUGAAGGUUUACGAAGACCAAACAAAACCGGUCCUGGAAUAUUUCGAGAAAAAGGGAGUGUUGGAAACAUUUUCUGGAACAGAAACCAAUCAGAUCUGGCCCUGUAUGCAUGCUUUCCUGCAAACAGAAGUCCCACAGAGACACCAAAAAACUCAAUUACCCCACGAGGAAAAAUCCUUGUGA